UCAUCAAUUUUCUUAUUGAUUAUUAUAAUUAUAACAACUUUUGGAAAUCUUUUGACAAUUAUUACAAUCAUACGAAUUCGUGAAUUUAACAGUUGGUCUAAUUAUUUGAUAUUAUCGAUAACACUUAAAUAUUUGAUGAUAUCUUUUGUGAUAAUGCCUAUCACCGCAUAUAUGGAUGUAUUUUAUCUAAGCGAUUGGAUUUGGGGACCAAAUAGUUGUGACACAUAUUAUUGUCUACAAAUGAAUUAUCUUAAAUUUGAAAGAAGAGUUAAUAUUCAUAACAUGAGUGUUAAUGAAUUAAAACUCAAAAUCAAUUGUCUUUUGAUAAAAGACAAAACUAAUGUCGAGUUAAAGAAAAAAUGCAAAAACAUUAGUAAAUUAUGGCUUCAAAUCAAGAAAGAUAUGGACACAGAGGUCAACAAAAGAUAUAAAUUAUUGCGCAAAGAGUUUCGUGUGGCAUAUAUUCAGGCUAUUGUUGUCUUUAUUUAUAUCAUCUGUUUUUUACCAUUUUUUGUUACAUUACUAAUCAUUGAUAUUAAUUCACUGACAUAUAUACCUAAGUUUACUCUAUCCCUAACUUUUUGGCUUUUACUCUGCAAUUCUGGUGUCAAUCCAAUUGUGUUUGUUUUGUUAAACAAUAAUUUUCGUAAUGCAUUCAAAAAUAUAAUCAAAAUAACACCAAUCAGACAGAAAACUUAA